AUAACGACGAUAAGAAAUAUUAAGGAAUAGAGGAAAGAGAUAGUGGCAUUUGCCUGAUUGCGCGACUCCCGGUAUUAACGAGCUUCCAAAGAUGUGAGACGGAUAGUUGGUGUAGCUGACAGACUUAUUUGAGAUGAUUUCCCACGUUUCUGAGCUUUUUUGGGAAAAUUUGUCCGUUACUGUGCCCGCCAGAGAUGAUGACUGUUCGACAAAACUGUGGUGCAAGUUUUGGCGUAGAAAACCUGUGAAAGUGUCGAAUAUACUGAAAGGAGUAUCCGGGUAUGCAGAGACUGGCAACAUGUUCGCUAUAUUGGGGCCGAAUGGUGCUGGCAAGACGACGUUGCUUGCCGCUUUGGCGAGAAGACUCGAAUUAACUUCGGGCGCGGUAAAAAUCAACGGGCACGACGUUUCUCGGGAAACGAUGACAGCAAUAUCGAGCUACAUACCGCAAUUUGAUGUUCUACCUUCCGCGCUCACUCCCAGGGAACACAUGUCCUUCAUGUGCGCUUUGAAAAUAGGAAGUAAUUGCAGCGUGCAACAAAGAAAAUCCUUAGGGGAGGAAUUUCUGCGAGAUCUUGGAUUGUGCGAGUGCAUCGACACCGCUAUAUCUGAGCUGUCCGGCGGCGAAAGAAAGCGCUUGUCGCUAGCCGCGGAAUUGGUCACAAAGCCGAAUAUUUGUUUUUUAGACGAGCCAACCACGGGCUUGGACACUUCUGCCGCAUUGCACGUCGUGCAAUCGUUGAAAUUAAUCGCCUCGAAAGGCGCUAUGGUCUUCUGCACAAUUCAUCAGCCAGGUAUGACGAUAUACAAUAUAUUCAGCCACGUGAUACUGAUGGCCGGUGGUAGAUCGGUAUAUUUUGGGACCUUAAGGAACGCUACGGAAUUUUUCGAAAGCCAGGAUUAUCAGUGUCCCGUGAACUACGACGAGUCCGAGUAUUACGUAAACGUCCUGUCGCGUCGAGUGGAUUGCGAUCUCGAGCUGUGCCAAGCGUUCUCACGAUCGCCGCUAUCGAGGGUCCCCGCGAUCGAGAACGUCCCGGCUUUCCACGCCAGCCCUCGAAAAAAAUCAGGAUGGUUCGUGCAGUUUUACUGGUUGCUCUGGAGAACAUUCCUGCGGGACAAGAGAACGGCCCUCGACAAUUGGAUCGCGUGGUUCUCUUGCGCGCUAUCUAUCGUCUUCAUAUAUACCUUUUACGCUGGCACCACGUCGUCGACGCAGGAGGGGAUACAGAGCGCUCGGGGUGUGUUGUACUUGACCAUCUCCGAGGUGAUUUUCACGGUCGCCUACUCCGCCGUUUACGAGCUGCCCGGCGAGCUUGCUCUGUACACGCGCGAGGAUACCGCGUACGCGCCGGGGCCUUAUUAUCUCGUCACUGUUCUCGCCUCGGUAGCGAAGGCGACGUUCAAGGCGCUCCUAUUCACGAUCGCCCUGUACCUGGCGUUGCAUUCCGAAUUUUCGCCGCUCGGCUUCUCCUCCUAUUGUCUCUGCACGAUGGCGGCGGCGAUCUGCGGUGUCGCGUACGGCAUGACGAUCUCCAGCUGGAUCGUCGACAUCGAUAUCGUAACCGCGAUAAUGAUACCGUUCGACUUGUUGUUUCUCCUGACGGCGGGUACGUUUUACAAUCUGCGGACUCUGCCGAACUACCUGGCGUAUCUCAAAUAUUCCUCCGUGUUUUACUACGCCAAUGAGGCCAUAUCGAUAGUGCACUGGUCGCAGAUCGGCUAUAUCGAAUGUCCAGGCCGCGGUCUGCCCUGUCUGUCCAACGGAACGGAGGUUUUGUCGGAGUUCGGGUAUAACGAGAGCAACUUUCGAUGGGACAUGUUCGGUUUGCUGCUCCUGACGAUUCUGAUGAACAUCGCCGCGUACCUCGGCACAAGGAGAAGAAGAGCGUCGAUCGCUGGCUACUCUUACUACUAGUCGCGACUUCCUGUUAUUAAUAUUAUGCAGAAACUUCCUCGGAUUAGGAUGAAUUGAUAAUACGCAUUCAUUUAUGAUGUCAUUUAUUUGUCGGAAAAAUAAUAAAGAAUACGCGGCGUAUAUUCUGGA